CUCUUCCAGAGCGGGUUCAUUUCCUAUAUGGAUUGCAAAGCAAGUGAAGGGGAUGAAGGAUUGCACUGUCUUACACCAGGGAAUACAGAGAGAAUAGAUACUGCAGAUAGAUCCUGACUAUCACUCAAGGAACAAGUGGACAACUGUGGGAAAACGUCCAGUACGUUCACAGCAUUGCUGAACACAGAGAAGGCUGGGCAGUGAAACCAUCAUCUGGAAAUCUGUCAGGUCAGAGGAGCUUUGAAAUAUCAUCAGAUCUGGAACUAGUCUGUAGUGUGGAGGCUUCCAUCAAAACCAACCUUCUUAAAGUACAGCUGCGGGCGAUCAGUCAGGGUGAGCCUGGUAAGAAGUGCGAGUGGCUUCUCAUGUGGGUGAUGUGAAAAGAUUUCCAGAAUUGCAAGAUUUCCUAACAUGAAAGUUCCAUCUUUCAUAACCACCGUUAAGCUAACGGCAGCUCCAUGGAAGUGAAACCGUUCAAAUGUGAGGUUUGUAAUAAAGCUUUCAUGACAUCAACGAGGCUGCUGAGACACCAAAUGAUUCACACGGGAGAGAAACCCUUCAGAUGUGAAGUUUGUGGGAAGACCUUUACUGAGUCUUGCAACCUCCUGACACACCAGAGGAUUCACACUGGAGAGAAACCAUUUGUGUGUGAGGUAUGCAGAAAGGUAUUCUCUCAUUCAUCACACCUCCGUGUACACCAUCGCAUUCACACAGGAGAGAAACCAUUUAUUUGUGACGUGUGUAAAAUAUCAUUUGCAAGCUCAUCACAUCUCCGGGCACACCAACGCAUUCACACAGGGGAAAAACCAUUCUUAUGUGAGGCAUGUGACAAAUCAUUCUCACAGUCAUCUGCACUCCGUGCACACCAACGCAUUCACACGGGAGAGAAACCAUUCACAUGUGAGGUUUGUUCCAAAUCAUUUUCGACAUCCUCUCAACUUCGUGCACACCAACACAUUCACGCAGGGGUGAAACCAUUCAUAUGCGAUGUGUGCGGUAAAUCAUUUUCAGUGUCAUGGCUCCUCUGCAGACACCAACGCAUUCACACUGGAGAAAAACCAUUUAAGUGUGACAUGUGUGACAAAUCAUUCUCAGAAUCAUGGAAGCUCCUGCUCCAUCAGAGAAUUCACACUGGGGAAUAAAACUUCAAGUGUGAAAUUUAUAGUGAACCUUCCACAAUGUCUUUGCUUCUCGUGAAAGGGAAAACUUAAGGUACGUGACAAAGUUUUCACCUACUCCUUUGAACUCCUGAAACACCAGAAGAUUCACACAGGGCAGAAACCAUUCAGACAUCUGGUGUGUGAAUCAAUGCAUUCACACAGAGUGUGAUCUGUAACACAGCUGUCAUACAUUUGCUAGAACUCCUGGAACAUGAACGAACUCACUUAUGCUGGUUCUUACAAAUCUGUCCUCAGAGUGUGAACCUGUAUACACUCUCACUACAGAUGUUCAGUGGGACUGGAACACAGAACAAGAAACAACUUUCACUCCCAUCAAACAACUAGUGAUGCCAUCUUUCUGGAGAUGUCACUUAGAAGUGAAGGACAAGCAAGAUGUGCAUUACUGACAUGCUGCAGAGUGUUGCAGUCUCUCUGAUGGAGGUUGAUGUGGGGACAGAGUUUGAAAUCUUUCAGACUCAACAAAAAGCCACAUCACAAUGUGCUCUGGAAGUCAUCAACCGAGCAGAGAUAUUCUUUACAUAAAUUGGAAUUUCCAGAAAAUGUUGUCCAAUUGCAGAAUUGCAUCCAAUGUUGGACAGUAUAUUUUGAGAUUUACAGAUAUUGGUUGGUUGAUCAUCCAGAGUGUGUAAAGAAUGACACUGAUAACCAGUCAUCAGUUCAUCUCACAGUGUGACACAGCUGUGCAGAGUGCAAACUGCAUAUUUUAAUGUAAAGGCCCCUGCAGACAGGGUAAGUAUAUUCACAUACUGCAUUUGUUUCACUCAACAAAAUAGGUGUCAGCCAUUUGCUGGUUCAUUUGCCUUGACCAAUCAACCAACCUGCCUGGUUUAAAAUUUAAAUAAAGACUGGUGGUUAACUGCCGAACAUCAUUACCUGGUUCAUUCUUCAAUGUCUGUGCCUUGUCCAAGCUGAAACCACCUGCCAAACAAGCAACGCUGUCCUUUCCUGCAGUAUAAAUAUUGGCCUUCCCUUUAAACUGGUAUUUUUGCAAAUUGUCCUGAUGAGUGGGAGACAAAAAGUUUUGACAAAAUAUCUCUUCUCUCAGCAAAAUAGUUUUUGUUUGUGUGUGAUCAUUUCCAUGACGAUGUGGAAUAACUUGUAAGUAUUCAUGCAGGUCGUUCUCCUAUAACACAAUAGCUGCAUUCUAGUGUGACCUCGCACUAUAGAAAAUUGCACUAUAAAAAAUCACCACAGAAAAUCACAUUUAGGGAAAUCACUAUACCUGUACGCAAAGUUCACGUUAUCCAAACAGUACAGCCGAUUCACGUUAACAAACACGUUAUAGCAGAACUACCUGUAUGUGUAAUUUUCUUCCCUUUUAUGAAAAAUGGCAUGUUUAAACAAAUCUUUUUUUACUUGUGGUUUACCUCAUUGCUGUGAUCUUUGAUGCCAUCGAAUGUCAACAAGGGACUAAGUGCAGUCAUCGUUUUACACACUGAAUGAAUCACAACAUAAAAUCAAGAGUAAGUAGGAACUGCGGAUGCUGGAGAAUCUGAGAUAACAAGGUGUAGAGCUAGAUGAACUCAGCAGGCCAAACAGCAUCAGGGGAGCAGGAAAGCUGACGUUUCGGGCCUAGAAGAAAGGUGUAAGCCUGAAACCUCCUGCUUCUCUGUUGCUGCUUGGCCUGCUGUGCUCAUCCGGCUCUACACCUUGUUAUCUCAUAAAGUCAAGAG